AUGCGUACUACCACCGUUCUCGUUGCCGCCCUGGCGCAGACCGCCCUUUCGGCACCCGAUGUCAAGAACUUCAUUUACAUUGUUCCUGAUGGAUACGGCCCGGCAAGUCAGACGAUGGCUCGUGAUUAUGUCUCCCUGAUCCAGAAUGGUCAGAACCCCGGAGCUCCCGUGAGCAUCCAGCUUGCGGCUGACAAGAUGGUUCUCGGCAACGUCCGUACUCUGGCCAGCGACAACUUGAUUACGGACUCCGCCGCCUCUGCCACUGCUUUUGGAUGUGGUGUCAAGUCGUACAACAAUGCCAUUGGCGUCGACCCUAAUGGUGAGCCUGUUGGCUCUAUUCUUGAAGCAGCAAAGUUGGCGGGCAUGAAGACUGGUUUGGUCGUAACUAGCACCAUUAACCACGCUACCCCUGCAUGCUAUGCGGCUCACGCUGCCCACCGUAACUCUUAUGAAAAAAUUGCGGAGCAUGAGAUCGGCUACGGCCAUCCGCUCGGCCCCGUUGCCGACAUCCUGCUCGGUGGUGGUCGAUGCUACUUCAAGCCCGACUCAGACUCUACUUCCUGCCGCUCGGAUGAGAUCGAUCUUUUUGGCUUUGCCAAGGAACAUGGUUACCAUGUCAUGCAAAACCGCUCCGCCUUUGAUGCCUUGAACAAGGGUCUUGGUGACAUCCACAUCCCUUACAUCGGUCUCUUCAACGAUGGCCAGAUGAUGUAUGAGAUUGACCGAUCUCGCCAGCCUGAGAAAGAGCCCUCCCUUCUAGAGAUGGUUGAGACUGCUCUCAACUCUCUCCACCGCGCUACCCAUUGCAAGGAGGAGGGCUACUUCCUCAUGAUUGAAGCUUCUCGCAUCGACCACGCUGGCCACGCCAACGACCCUGCCGCCCAUCUCUUCGACACUAUUCACUACAACGAGGUCAUGGGUUUUGUCCGCGAGUGGAUUGAUGAGCACCCUGACACCAUGAUGAUGUCCGCCGCAGACCACGAGUGCGGUGGCCUGACUCUCAACGGAUUCAACCCGCUGCCCUUUGCAAAGGUCAACGCCUCCACCGAGGCCCUCAUGAAAAUCUGGGGGGACUACAAGGGCCCCGACAAGAAGGCCUUCCUUAUUAGCGAAAUUCUUUCCGAGUAUGGCCUCGCCAGCGCCACGGACGCCGAAGUCAACACCCUGCUCGCUUCUCGCGAUCUUGACACAGAGCUUGGUAACUUGCUUGCGAGCAAGGCCGGUGUUCACUGGUCUACGGGCGGCCAUACGGCGUCUGACAUUACCCUGUAUGGUUACGGCGCUGGUGAGAAUGGCCGCGCUAUCAAGGCCGACAUGGCUGGCAACUGGGACAACACCGAAUUGCCAAAGUACAUUGAAAAGGCCCUGGGUGUCAACAUGGGCGAAGUCACUCGUCUGCUCCGCGCCCACGGCACCGAGUGGGUUGGAAAGCCUGGCAUGAACAAGCGCUCUGAUGAGCACAUUCACGGCCACGACCACGCUCACUGA